AUGUCAGGAGCCGCCGCAGUAUUCACCCCCGGUUCCACAGCCCUCGUCACUGGCGGAGCCUCUGGUGUCGGCCUCGCAGUCGCAAAGUUGUGUCACGCCAAGGGAAUGAAUGUGCUCCUCGUUGACCGCAAUGCCAAAGCUCUAGAACAAGCCAAGCUACAUAUCGCAGGCCAGGGUGUGGACGCCUCUGACCCGCGCGUCGUCACCUCGGUUGCUGAUGUGAGCCUGUCUGAGGAUUGGUCCGCGCUCAAGGACUUUGCGCUGGCCAAAUUCGGCCCUAUCGAGUUUCUGGCCCUCAACGCCGGCGUAGGUGGCAAGGGCACAUGGGGCGACGGCGACUACUUUCGCAAGAUUCUUGAAACGAAUCUCUUUGGCGUCAUUAAUGGAAUCAAUACUUUCUUGCCCGUGGUACAAGAAGCCUCCAAGACGAACCGAACCGCCAUUGUCAUCACUGGCAGUAAGCAGGGAAUCACAAACCCGCCUGGAAACGCCGCGUACAAUGCUUCCAAGUCUGCCGUCAAGACGCUCGCGGAGCAUCUGAGCUGGGAUCUUCGAGAAACCACCACCAGCGUCCAUCUCUUGGUUCCAGGCUGGACAUUUACAGGAAUGACCAAGGAGAAGCCGGCCGGCGCGUGGGCACCCGAGCAAGUGGCCGACUUUUUGUACAAGAAGAUGGAAAAGAGCGAAUUCUAUGUCAUCUGCCCUGACAAUGACGUAUCUGAAGAGACUGACAAGAAGCGGAUGCUCUGGAGUGUGGGUGAUAUUGUCCACGGGCGUCCGCCUCUAAGCAGAUGGCGUGACGAGUGGAAGCAAGAGGCCGAAAAGAAUAUGUCCGAGACCAAGAUUUAA